AUGCCCACGAAGGAUGCUCAUCUGCAAUUCCGUAAGUGGGCAGACGAGUAUGGCCCUAUUUAUAGUCUCAUUCUGGGCACCAAGCCUUUCAUUGUCUUGUCCAGCGCCCAAGCUGUCAAAGAUCUGCUCGAUAAGAAGAGUGCUCUCUACUCCGACCGACAAGAAAUUAUUCGACGAUAUUCCAACGCACUCACGACAACCAUGGUAUUCGGCUGGCGCUCGCCUAUCUACCGAGACCCCAAGCUCAUGCAGCUCUUCGACGGCUUUGCUGAGUUUGCCGAGAUCAAUCAGACAGGCAUCGCUGCCCUCCUUGACUCUUUUCCCGUACUCAGGAAGCUGCCCGACUUUCUCUUGCCUGUGCAGAAGAAAGCCAAGGAGCUUCAUAAGAAGGAAAAGGAUCUCUACCUGAGUCAUUGGCUCAAGGCCAAACAAGACAUCGCUGAUGGCUCUAUCAAGCCGUGCUUCUGUGUUGGAUUGGCGCAGGCGCAGGAGAAGGAGAAGUUUGACGAUGCACAAGCUGCUUAUAUCUCUGGAACUCUUCUUGAAGCUGGAUCAGACACGACAUCCAGCACCUUGUACGCCUUCGUACAGGCAAUGCUCCUCUAUCCUGAGGUCCAACGAAAGGCUCAGGAUGAAAUUGACAAAGUAGUUGGUGAGCGCAUGCCAACUAUGGAAGACGAGCAUAGCCUUCAGUAUGUCCGCGCAUGCAUGAAAGAGACACUGCGGUGGAUGCCGACGACCAUCCUCGGUGCAGUUCCUCAUGCUGUCACCCAAGACGAUACAUACAACGGGUAUUUGAUUCCCAAGGGGGCAGGCGUUCUAAAUAAUGUCUGGGGUAUUCACAUGGACCCUGAGCGUCAUCCCAACCCUCGCCAGUUCAACCCUGAUAGGUACAAGGACGACUUCCAGAGCUUGGCAGACGCCGCAGCCAAUCCAGACGCGUCCAAACGAGAUCAGUUCACCUUCGGUGCUGGUCGUCGCAUUUGCCCCGGAAUCCAUGUGGCCGAACGGAGCUUGUUCCUGGGCAUUUCACGGAUCUUGUGGGCAUUUAAUAUCAAACCUACUGUGAACAAGAACGGCAAGCCCGUUUUGCCAGAUCCAGAUAAGCUGACUCAAGGCUUCGUAUGCAUGCCGGAAGAAUUUCCUGCUCGAAUAAUUCCAAGGUCUGAGGAAAAGAAGGCACUGGUUAUCAAGAGUUGGAAGGCGGCCGAGAAGGAUGUUCUUGAUCCUGGGACAAAGCAGUGGCGUUAG